AUGCUUCUGACAAACAGCAGACAGCUGGGCUUCGUGGGGCCCGUCCACGGAAGGGGCUCACCAACGCGCUCGCUUGUCGGGCGUUUCCGGAGAGUAGGACGAACGCGCACUCCCCUUGAACGACUUGUUGCGACUCGAGAAUGGGAGCGAGUGACAAAUAGUCGCCAGCACCUUGUAGCUGUAGUUGCAUUGGUGGCGCUUUUGUCAGGUUUUCCCGAGUGGACUGGGGGUGCAGCGUUCACGUCCACUUCGACACUUGCUAGUCAGGAGCGCGUAGAGGGCGGAGUCGUGUCGCCCGAGCGCUGGGAACUCCUUCCUGCACUAGAAGGCAAAGACUAUGGGAAACCCCGUAUGCGAUACUCGGACUUUGUAACGUUACCUGAUGGAGUACAGUAUCGAGACGUGCGUAUUGGCGACACGGAGAUCACACCCCGCCCAGGUGACCGGGUGGUCCUCAACUGGAGUGGGUACACAAUUGGUUACUAUGGGCGAAUUUUCGAGGCUAAAAAUCGAGUACAGGGUGGCGCUUUUGGUGACGACCGCGAAUAUUCUCGCUACGUCCUUGGCCGAGGGGAACUCGUACCUGCUCUCGAAGAGACUCUGCUGACAAUGCAUCCGGGAGGUGUUAGACAGGUGAUCGUUCCGCCCGAGCGCGGGUAUCCUCUAGACGGCUCGGACUGGAACCACGAUCGUGUCGGACCAAAACCACGGACCUUCAGCGGCAUGCGUGCUCUCAAUUUUGUGCUUGAGAACAAGGGCCUCGUAGACAAGACGCUACUGUUUAACAUAGAGUUGAUCCGAAUUGAUCGACCUGGCGAAAACGGCUUCGAAACUGUUGGACGACGGCAAUGA